GUGCAGCAAUUUAAAUCCGUAGGAGGAGGCCGCUUUUAAUCUAGCAUGCGUGUUGAUAAUUAAACUUAUAAAGCAGCUGGCCAUCAAGCUAUGCUAUGGGCGGAGAAUGGGGUGUGGUUGUGCAAGAUAGGCCAAAAGUGAUUGCCACGCCGUCUGUUGCGAUGAGGCGCUGUCGCUCCUUGAUCCGAAAUGUUUCUAUUCUAAAGUCUCGCAUCAUUCUUACAGUGGCAUUAUCUUGUAUAUUCCCAGUAGGUCUUAUCGCGGCCGCUGCCGCCGCCGAUCAGCCACCGCUGAAGGAGAAUGUGAGGAGCGAUGCAAAUGAAACUAGAAUGUGCCGGUCGCAAGGGGGGCGCUUCCCGCCGUAUGCAAUUCAGGGGAAGGAACCGAGGAGGGUGCGAGGGGCGGAAAGCCUGAGCCUGUGCAAGGCUUAUAAGUGGAAGACGUGCUGCGGCAAGGAACAGACGGAUACAGCCCUUUUAUGGCUCCGAAAGCUGGCAACGUCCGGCGAGGCGGGAGCCGAUUGCUUGGCGCUUUGGGAAGUUGUGGAGUGUGCGCUUUGCGAUCCCGACGUUGGGGUCUCGGAGGGCCCCCCCGUAAUCUGCCGGAGCCUGUGCGAUAGGCUAUUGGACGCAUGCGGGGGAGCGUAUUUUGCAUUGGAUGCGAUGACUCAGGACCUAGUUCCCUGCGGCCGCCGCGACCUGGUGUGCACCACCGCCGCCGAGUGGGCCUCCUCCGGCGCGCACUUCUGCCAGCUGGCGGGCUUCCGCACCGCCGAUGACGUCACGGACGACGUCACCGGUGGGAGGGAUCCCCCGUGCUUCGACGGGACGAGACUACCGCCCCCCGGGGGGCGGGAAGAGGAGCGACGGGGGAAGAAGAAGCGCGAGAGCGGGUUCUGGGAUGCCGCAAAAAAAGUGCGGAAGAAAGCCGGGGGGGAGCGUCGAGGGGGGGGUCGGGUUCACGGUCGUGCUGACGUCAGCGAUCCUUCUGAUGUGGGUCGCUCGCAAAUACGGCCACCACUUAGGUUUCGACAAGAUUUUGUCGCUGGUAAAAAUGAGGCAGCAACAGGGAGGGCAGAAGACCGUCCAGGGCAUGCUGCAAGAAGUGAGGCGCAAGCAGCAGUCACGCUAUUCACAGGGUGUGAAAGCGACACCUGGCAAUAAGAAGAAGGUCUGAGUACCCUCGAGCCAUUUUUUAAAUUUAUAAAAACGGGCCCCCCAUCCAAGCCGGCAAUAAAGUAAGUGGUCAUCAUGAUCGGUGGACUCUGCGAAAUGUCAGGUGCUUCAAACCCGCUAAGCUGUGUCUUCAAGUUGCCAC